AUCAAGAAUUAUGAUAAUGUAACUACAGGUGCAGAAAAGCUUGUUGAACUUGCUGAAGAAUUAGGAUCUGAUGAUAACAUAACUGCGAUGGUGGUACGACUACCUGCAUGGGGAAUUAAAACGCCGGAUCAUACAAAAGCCUUAAGGAAAUACAGACUUGAGAAUGACAGCCCCGCAAUGAAACGACGUGUAUAA